AUACCCCGCGCAGGCUAAUCCGCCGCUCCGCCACCGGAAGAACACGUCGGCAGGAGCAGGCGCCUAGCACAACCGGAAAAGGAAGUGCCUCCGGCGCAAGUGGCAUUGAGGGACUUGUAGUCCUGCGAUUUAGGGUGUAGAGGGAGCAGGGGCCUGCGGGGACCUGGUGUGGGUGGAGUGGGGACGAGCGGUGGAGAAGGGUACGCCAGGGUCGCUGAGAGACUCUGUUCUCCCUGGAGGGACUGGUUGCCAUGAGAGCAGCCGUCUGAGGGGACGCAGCCUGCACUACGCGCCCCAAGAGGCUGUGCGUGGCGAGCAGGUCACGUGACGGGAGCGCGGGCUUUGGAAGGCGGCUGAACGUCAGGCGACCCGCCGCUAAGCUGAGAAGGGAGAGCGGGCUUAGGACCGCCUGCCCGGGGCAACCCCGAACCAAGCUUUAGCCGCCGAGGCCUCGUGUCCCAAAGGCCAGUCAUCCCUCCUCUGUGUUGCCAUGGGAAUUCAAGGCCUGGCCAAACUAAUUGCUGAUGUGGCCCCCAGUGCCAUCCGGGAGAAUGACAUCAAGAGCUACUUUGGCCGUAAGGUGGCCAUUGAUGCCUCUAUGAGCAUUUAUCAGUUCCUGAUUGCUGUUCGCCAGGGUGGGGAUGUGCUGCAGAAUGAGGAGGGUGAGACCACCAGCCACCUGAUGGGCAUGUUCUACCGCACCAUUCGCAUGAUGGAGAACGGCAUCAAGCCCGUGUAUGUCUUUGAUGGCAAGCCGCCACAGCUCAAGUCAGGCGAGCUGGCCAAACGCAGUGAGCGGCGGGCUGAGGCAGAGAAGCAGCUGCAGCAGGCUCAGGCUGCUGGGGCCGAGCAGGAGGUGGAAAAAUUCACUAAGCGGCUGGUGAAGGUCACUAAGCAGCACAAUGAUGAGUGCAAACAUCUGCUGAGCCUCAUGGGCAUCCCUUAUCUUGAUGCACCCAGUGAGGCAGAGGCCAGCUGUGCUGCCCUGGUGAAGGCUGGCAAAGUCUAUGCUGCGGCUACUGAGGACAUGGACUGCCUCACCUUCGGCAGCCCUGUGCUAAUGCGACACCUGACUGCCAGUGAAGCCAAAAAGCUGCCAAUCCAGGAAUUCCACCUGAGCCGGAUUCUGCAGGAGCUGGGCCUGAACCAGGAACAGUUUGUGGAUCUGUGCAUCCUGCUAGGCAGUGACUACUGUGAGAGUAUCCGGGGUAUUGGGCCCAAGCGGGCUGUGGACCUCAUCCAGAAGCACAAGAGCAUCGAGGAGAUCGUGCGGCGACUUGACCCCAACAAGUACCCUGUGCCAGAAAAUUGGCUCCACAAGGAGGCUCACCAGCUCUUCUUGGAACCUGAGGUGCUGGACCCAGAGUCUGUGGAGCUGAAGUGGAGCGAGCCAAAUGAAGAAGAGCUGAUCAAGUUCAUGUGUGGUGAAAAGCAGUUCUCUGAGGAGCGAAUCCGCAGUGGGGUCAAGAGGCUGAGUAAGAGCCGCCAAGGCAGCACCCAGGGCCGCCUGGAUGAUUUCUUCAAGGUGACCGGCUCACUCUCUUCAGCUAAGCGCAAGGAGCCAGAACCCAAGGGAUCCACUAAGAAGAAGGCAAAGACUGGGGCAGCAGGGAAGUUUAAAAGGGGAAAAUAAAUGUGUUUCCCCAUUAUACCUCCUUCACCCCAGAAUAUUUGCCGUCUUGUACCCUUAAGAGCUACAGCUAGAGAAACCUUCACGGGGUGGAGAGAGGAUUCUAAGGCUUUUCUAGUGUGACCCUUUUCAGUAGUGGUAGUCCCUUUUUUACUUGAUCUUAAUGGCAAGAAGGCCACAGAGGUACUUUUCCUUUUUUAGCUCAGGAAAAUAUGUCAGGCUCAAACCACUUCUCAGGCAGUUUAAUGGACACUAAGUCCAUUGGUACAUGAAAGUGAUAGAUAGCAACAAGUUUUGGAGAAGAGAGAGGGAGAUAAAAGGGGGAGACAAAAGAUGUACAGAAAUGAUUUCCUGGCUGGCCAACUGGUGGCCAGUGGCAGGUGAUGGUGGACCUAGACUGUGCUUUUCUGUCUUGUUCAGCCUUGACCCACCUUGAGAGAGAGCCACCAGGAAGGCGUAUCUUAGCAGAUGGGAGGAACUGCUGAGAGAAGAUAGGCAGAGAGCUGGAGACCCUGGAGUUGGCUGUGUCUGUGUUUGUGACUGAUUACUGGCUGUGUCUUGGGUGGGCAGAAACUCGAACUUGCUAUGUAAUUUGUGUCUAGUUAUUCAGAGGAGUAAGAUGGUGAUGUUCAUCUGGCAAUCAGCUUAGUUGAGACUUUGGAAUAAGACACUGGUUUUCAUGCGCUGUUUUUGUUUUAAAGUUAUGAAGAAAAAAGUCAAUAAAAUUCUAAAAGUAA